AUGCCGGACUUGAUGACGUGUGCCGGCGGAUACAAGAACCCGCCGGCGAUCGCCCGCAGACUCGAAUGUCUGCCGGUGGUAUCAAGGACGGGCCUGGACGUAAAGCAAGUGAAUCCGGGAUUUACAAGAAGAAAGGACGGCGCAAGCACAACAUCCUGUGCAAGUCUCGGUCUGGGACCGAGACUCUUCAAGGAAGAUGGAGUUGGAGAAUCCUCCGACAUAGACGUUGGAGUUGAUCUCGCUUCCAGUCAUGAGAUGGAAGCGCUUCGCGAAGAAUAUGCACGAUGGACGCAUCAUACAAUUAUGCAUUCUUUCGUUUCACGAAAGAGCGGCAAGCGAAGCGAAGGAGUUGAAGCACUCUUCACUGGAAACCCCACUGAGACACUCAGUGGCAAGACGAAGCAGGAACGGUUCGACGAACACAGUUGCAAGAUUCUGCGAGAGCACAUGGAUCGGCUCUCGGACGAGACUCCCGCGGAGUUUCCACAGGAUGCAAGGCUACAACACGAGAUUGAUCUCAAGUAUCCUGAUGCGACAGUGGCUACUGUCGCAGGAGCAAGCAAGGUGCGCGACUUCGCACCGAGCUGCUUCUACAUGAUAUUCAUUCACAGCCGGGCUGUGGACGGGGAGAAGAAACGCACACGGAAAUAG